AGCCGUGUACCCGCGCCGCCAAUUACGUCGGGGAGACCAGGACUAUAUAGAAGAGCUACGCCGGCUCCACCGGUUGAUUUCUGCGAGUAAAGUCGACGCGAUCAUCCGCAUACAUCUCUCUCUCCGCCAUGAAACUAUCAAUAUUUCUUAUUACGGUAAUUUCGACCGCGUGGGCGCAAACAAAAAAUGUAGAGAGAUCUGUUCGCAAUCCGCAAGGGCAAAUCAAAUACGACGAAAUUGAUGGCUCGCGUGUCAAUUUGAAGUACAUCACACCUGGGAAUCAGUGGCAACUGGCGAAUGCACAGCGACCCCAACGUGCCGAGGGCGGCUCGUCCCAUCAUCUUCGACAAACUCAGCAAACUACAGCUCCGCAGUAUCGAGCUCCGGCACCGCAGCCUCAAUCCCAGAAAGCUCAGCAGCAGGUGAAGACUCCACAAUACUACAGUUACAAGCCAUAUUCCGCGGUGCCGGGUCAUAUCAGGCAACUGAUCGAUUCGGUCUAUCAGCCACAAGUUCCCUAUGUUGAUCCUUCAUCCUUCCUCUACGGCGGCGGAUACGCACCGCCGCAGCAACCAGCUCCGUCUGCUUCCGAAAUUCCUCAAGCUGCCUACCAGCAACCAUCAGCGAGGUACCAGUCGAUCGAUCCUCAAAGAUAUAACGAUAGGACAGAGCGUCAGGAUAGAGUCGCCUACAAGGAGGAUUACGAACAGCAGCAGCAGGAACAACAACAACAACAACAACAGCAACAACAAGUCGCUACGUCGCCGUUUGGAACUCUACCUGAGCCUCCAACACCUAUAUUGUAUCUGGAUAAGAAUAUGCCUACGGAGAUUAAGCAAUUGUUACAGUAUCAAGCGCAGAUACCGUACGAUGUCACGGCAAAUCGCAUUCAAUAUACACCGAAGAACAUCUUUAUUCCCAAACCAUUGUCAGAUGAUGCCAAAGGACCUCAUUACUAUCGUAGUAAGGUGUACUACCCGAGCGACGAGAAUGUCGAUGCGGAAUAUUCGCAGGACCAACCGAUUGACGAGGGCCAGAGUCAUUAAUUAUCUGGCCUUUAAUUACGACUUGUAUAAAUUAAUAUUCUAUUUCGAUAAGCUUUUUGAAGUGAGAAAUUGUUAGCUCAUCUAGAGACUCGAAUUUUAUUUUCAUUGAUGAAAAUGACUUUUGGCGUCAUCAGGAUUUUGUUAAGAUGAGCAUCUUAUGCGUCUUAAAUUAUUUGCAUCAUUUAUUGACGCUUUGACAUGUCUUGCAUUACCGUGUAUUUUUUAAUAAUAGUUUCUUGACGUAAGAAUUAAAUGUAA